AUGAACAACGCCGGCGACGAAGAAGACGAAGACGAGUGUUUCUACGAGUCUCUCGAUCGCUUACAAUCCUCCGCCACCAGUUCUCGCUCUUCCUCCUGUGCUUCAGACGACGACGUCGAAGACAGAGAUCAGAACUGGAUAUUGAAUUCUGCAAAUUAUGCUAACUCGGACCAUCUAUCAGUGCCCAAAUUCCCAAUGGGCGUGUCCAACAACUAUCAUGUCUGGAUAUCCGAACCUUCGCUCUCCGUCGAAGAACGCCGAAUGCGACUCCUCCGCCACAUGGGACUCAGCGGCGAUUUCACUCUUUCCCGCAAAAAAACCUCUCUGCCUGACGGCAGUUGUGGUGGUGAAAAGAUGCGCGGCGGAGAGUUUGACAGUUCGCUUUCAUCAGAUCACUUGAACCCUAGUCAAGGGAAUGGUCAGGUUUUUUCCUCUAACGAUUUCAAUUCUAGCCCUGGGAUUGUCCUUUCGAGGUCGGACAGUCCCACGGAUCAUAAUCAGUGUAAUUCUAACUCGUUGUCAGUUAAUUCCUCUGAAAUUAUUUCAACUAAUUCAAUUUCAUCAUCACAAACGGUCAAUGAGACUUGUGGCGGCGGAGUAUUCGUAAAUAAUGACAAUCGAGAUCGUAAUCAAAAUGUUGCUCUUGUUAAAUCGCGAAGUGGAAAUGGAUCGACAAUUAGUAAUGCAAUCUCUUCGCCAAAUAAACCUCCCUUGAGGAAAAAUAUUAGGCGGGGUGAUGAGAUUAGAACCGAUUACACUCGUUUGAAUCUAAAUGCGAAUUUCGAUUCCUUGGCUGUUUCAGGGAAUGGGGAGGUGGAGUGGGGUUUGGAGUGUAAUCCAAAUGGUUUGGUUGAUGAUCAGGUGUGUCUAAUUAAAAAUCUUGAUAAUGGGAAGGAGUUUGUUGUGAAUGAGGUGAGAGAGGAUGGGAUGUGGGACAAACUUAGGGAAGUGGGUACUGGGAAGCAGCUGACUAUGGAAGAGUUUGAGAUGUGUGUUGGGCAUUCGCCACUUGUUCAAGAAUUGAUGAGGAGGCAGAAUGUGGAGGAUGGGAAUAAGGAUAAUAUGGAUUCAAAUGCAAAUGGGAGUGGAUCUAAGUCAAAGAAAAAAGGUAGUUGGUUGAAGAGUAUAAGGAGUGUGGCUAGUUCAGUCACUGGCCUUAAAGAGAGGCGGAGCAGCGAUGAGAGAGAUACCUCAUCAGAGAAAGGUGGUAGGAGGUCAAGUUCUGCUACGGAUGAUAGCCAGGAUAUUUCGAUUCAUGGGUCGGAAAGAAUUCGGGUUCGACAUUAUGGGAAGUCCUUUAAAGAGUUAUCGGCACUUUAUAAGAGCCAGGAAAUGCAGGCGCAUAAUGGGUCUAUUUGGACUAUUAAGUUUAGCUUGGAUGGCAAGUAUCUAGCAAGUGCCGGUGAGGACUGUGUCAUUCAUGUGUGGGAGGUUGUGGAAUCGGAGAGGAAGGGUAAUUUGUUGAUAGAUAAACCAGAAGAUGGGAAUUUGAGUUUUUUAUUUCUCGCUAAUGGGUCACCAGAGCCAACUUCACUGUCAUCAAAUCUAAAUGGGCAUCCGGAGAAGAAGAGAAGGGGAAGGUCAUCUAUUAGCCGGAAAUCGGUGAGCUUGGACCAUGUUUUGGUACCAGAGACUGUGUUUGCGCUUUCAGACAAGCCAGUCUGUUCAUUCGAAGGACACCUUGAUGAUGUGCUUGACCUGUCCUGGUCCAAGUCCGAGCAUUUGCUCUCAUCUUCAAUGGACAAAACAGUACGGCUCUGGCACUUGUCUAGCAAAGAUUGUUUGAAGACUUUUUCACACAGUGACUACGUAACUUGCAUCCAGUUCAAUCCUGUCGAUGAUAGAUAUUUCAUAAGUGGAUCCCUAGAUGCUAAGGUUCGCAUAUGGAGCAUUCCUGAUCGACAAGUUGUUGAUUGGACUGAUCUACAUGAGAUGGUCACUGCUGCUUGCUACACACCAGAUGGUCAGGGCGCGCUUGUUGGCUCUUGCAAGGGGAGUUGUCGUUUGUACAACACAUCUGAUAACAAGUUGCAACAGAAAAAUCAAAUAAAUCUGCAGAAUAAGAGAAAGAAAGCUCAUCACAAGAAAAUUACUGGUUUUCAGUUCGCUCCUGGAAGUACAUCAGAAGUGCUUAUUACCUCUGCAGAUUCACGAAUUCGGGUUAUUGAUGAUGAUGGUCUGAUUCACAAGUUCAAAGAGUUGGAAAAUGAUCCCUUGAGGUUUGCUUCAAUCCUGGAUCCUUUGAGUUUCAUUCUGAGAAGCAGUGAACUGUUUUUUGUGACUAUCUCGAUGUGCUGUAGAAGAGAAAUAUUUCAUGUUAUCAUUUUGUGUGCUGGACUCUUAAAAGCAAGAUUUGUGUCUUCUUGGACUGCAAUAUACGUUAUUUCACAAUUUACCCCCGUAAAUGACUUUGAUUCUGUAACAGGGUUCCGCAACACUAGCAGCCAAAUCUCAGCUUCCCUCACUGAGAAUGGAAAAUAUGUGGUAUGUGCCAGUGAGGAUUCUCGUGUUUAUAUCUGGAAACAUGAAGGUGAUUCCCGACCCAGCAGAGGCAAAGGUGUAACUGUGACACGGUCUUAUGAACAUUUCCACUGUCGAGAUGUAUCAGUGGCCAUCCCCUGGCCAGGCAUGUGUGACACAUGGGGAUUACAAGAUACUUGUUCUGCAGAACCAAGGGUGCUUGUUGACCAUAUGGAUGAGGUCUCUACCGCGAAUCACCCCCCUACACCGGUUGAAGCAACUAAUGGUAAUGAGAGUUCACCGUUGGCAUCUGGGUACACCAGUAGCCCACUUCAUGGUACCAUCUCCAGUGCAACAAAUAGCUACUUCUUUGAUAGAAUCUCAGCGACAUGGCCAGAAGAAAAACUUCUUUUAGCUACCAAGAAUUGUAGUCCUCGUGUCAGUGUGGAUUUCUCUAAUGUGGUAAACCAGAGUAGAUCAGCCUGGGGUAUGGUGAUCGUAACUGCUGGCCUUAGAGGGGAAAUCAGGACUUUUCAAAAUUUUGGAUUGCCAAUUCGGAUUUAGGGAACACCAAAAACUUACCAGGAGCCACAAGCAUCUAGAAGUGCUGCAUUAACACUUUGGGAUCCCCAGUUGGCAAAAUUUGUACAGAAAAAUUUGGUGAGAUUUGUAAUAUUAAGCGAUUUCAUCCCUUUUUCCUUUUUCUUUUGUGAAGUGCCUGUCUGUUUGGGACACAGAUGAUGAACCCGUCUUCCUUGGCACCAAGAAAGAGAAUAUAUUUGUUAGACAAGAAAAAAAUACAGCAUGAAUUUAGAUACUGAUGGAUUUAUGAAGUCGGGAAAUGUAGAGUCGUGAACAUGGUAUAAGCUUAUUGAAUUUAACAGAAUUCUUUCACAAUUCAUUCAGCGUUGUUUUUUUAUAUGUAUUUGUAGAUUGAGUGUAGAGCCAGAAAUGAAUGUAUUUUUUG